AUGUCGGGCUGGUUGUGGAAUAAGAAUAGCUCCCAAGGCUUGAAGCCAAAUGGCCGGAGCCAACUUCGAUGCUCCCGUUUUAUCGAAAUCGAGCGAGCAGUUCGCAGAGCACGGAGCAGGGGCGAAAAGGACACCGAAUUCAUGAAACUCCAUUCAAGCUACGAAGAGCUUGAGCAAUGCGCACGCGACAAGUGCAGGGCCUGCACAGUCGUCCGGCAGGCUCUGCUCCUGUCCCGAAUCACCGGCGAGGACGUCAAGAAGAUGGAAAGAAGAGAUGCCCCUGUCUACCUCAGAUUAUCAGGAGGAGACUCAUCAGGGGAAACGAGACCUCGUAGCCAGUCGACGCUGCAAGUCCGUCUGGGGGUGUUGCCAGAGAGCAGCGUGCUGGUUGAGAUUGCACUUACCACCAAUAUCAAACAGUCGUCGCCUGAAAAAGACCCUUUUGUCUCGGCUGUUCCCCAGAUCGACUCUUGGUUGCGAGUCUGUCGCGAAGAACACGAGUGCACCAGCCUGACUCAAUCCGGCGAGCACCCUAGGCGGCUGAUCGAGAUCGUGUCAGCGACGAAAGUGAGGUUGCUCGAUACCUCGGAGUUGCCAAACAACGUCAAGCUCAAGUACGUUGCCUUGAGCUACUGCUGGGGCAAGGGACGUUCCAAAGGCAGGACCACGCCAUGUAACCGGGACAAGCGACUGGUGUCUUUCGAGACGUGGGCGCUCCCAAAAACUAUACGAGAUGCUUUGAAAUUGGUUCGAGCGCUUGGACUAAAAUACUUGUGGGUUGAUCAAAUCUGCAUUACCCAAAAGAUCCAAUGGGACCAAAAACCGAUUCCUCAAGAGCAUGAUGAUCAACGCAAUGGAGGUGGAGGUGAUGGCUACGAUGACUGUCGGGGCGUUGACUGCGAAGCCUGCAGCAGCGAUGCUGGCGAGGAUUGGAAUGCAGAGGCUUCGAGGAUGCAUGUCAUCUAUGGUAAUGCUGUCUUCACGCUCUGCGCCUGUUCAAGCACAAGUUCAGUAGAUGGACUCAUAUGGCCGCGGAAGGCGUGGACUUACAGCGUUGUGCCUUUCUAUUUCGAAGGCCAAUGGCUGGUGAGCCACAACAUGAGCCUCAACGAAGUGAGGGCGACUGCACCGCUUUCCAAGCGUGCGUGGACUCUACAAGAAGAACGACUUUCUCCGAGACUCUUAUACUACUGUGGCCAGAGAGUCUACUGGUCCUGCGUUGAGAAGCAGGACACAGAAGUCGCCGCUCGCAGUGCAGGGAAACCCGAUGCCGGUAGCGGUGACUUGCGUUUUGAACGCGAGGAUGAAUUCCAGCAAAUGAGCGCGGCGCAGGUCUUCAUCAAGUCUCGCUUUACAGGAGAAAGAGUCCGCUUGCACCAAGAAUGGAAUGAUGUUGUGGAGGCUUACUGUCCACGAGAGAUCACAAAAGCAACCGACAGAUUUCCAGCCAUCUCUGGCCUGGCGGCCCAAUAUCUUUCGACGUAUGUCACCCAAGACAACAGGAUCCCCCGCCAGGAAUAUCUCGCUGGUCUUUGGCGCGAGACUUUCCCCGAGGACCUGGCUUGGUCGGCCAAGACGGCCGCAGAUCCACGGAAAGCACUGCUUGACAUCGCACCGAGCUGGUCUUGGGCGUCUCUUCCGGUCGGGGCCUACGUUAGCACAAAGCAGAGCUUCAGCCGAUGCGAACAAAACGACUUUCAGCUACUUGGAGGUCCUAACUUGAGUAUGGGUCCCAAUGGACCCGCGGAGAGGAAGCAAGACCCCAGGGCCAAUAUUCUUCAUGCGUGCCAGGAGGGAGCAAAGAAGAAACGUGUUUCUGUGAGAGGUCGCCUACGACGAAUCAUAUCCCCAGACUCGGAAAGGAUUGACUGGGUCGAGAUGACGAACUCCGGCCGUGGUGGUAAGAACAAGUACAAUCUCUCAAGAUACCUUGCUCGCCACGUCCACGCACGGAACCCUACAAGUGGUCAGAUGGUCAUAUUCGAGCCCACCAAACAACACAUCGAAGGCCAACUGGAUUAUUCUCUUCCCCCGGACGACGACGGCAUUGACACGCCCUACAGCGAAGAGAGAUACGUGGCGCCCGGCUUGGAGAGUGAUCUGUUUGGCUUGGAAAUAGGCCUCCAGACAAUGCUCUUGCUACAGUGGCGGCCGAGGGCCGAGGACCCACGAGAAGCAGAGAAAGGUAAAGGCAAAACAGCCAGCGGCUCUGCUAGUGGUACCGGGGUAGGCGUCUUUCGAAGGGUGGGCAUCUGUCGAAAUGUGCGAAAGCACUUCUUUGAGGGAGUCGAGAAGGUCCAGCUUGAGCUUGAAUGA